CCCUCGCUCCCCGCCAUGCUGCUCGCACGGGCCCUGCGCGCCGCCGCCGCCGCCAUCCCCGCUCCUCGCCCGCUGCUGCCGCCGCCGCCCCGCCGCCGCCUCGUGUCCGCCCUCCAGCCCCGAGCCCCCGCGCUGCCGGCCUCGGCUCCGGCUCCGGCCCGCUCCUUCUGGCAGCUGGGGGGCGGCGGGGGCCGGGCCGCGCUGCUCCGCCCGCGGCGGGGCUCGGCCGGCGGCGUCUCCUGCGGCUGCGGCGGCCUCCACACGGAGGGGGACAAAGCCUUCGCGCAGUUCCUGGCGGAUGAGAUCAAGGAGGAGAAGAAGAUCCAGAAGCACAAGGCGCUGCCCAAGGUGUCCGGGGGCUGGGAGCUGGAGGUGCACGGCACGGAGGCCAAGCUGCUCCGGAAGGUGGCCGGCGAGAGGAUAACGGUUACGUUCAACAUCAACAACAGCAUUCCACCUUCCGUGGAUGAAGAAACGCCAGAAGAUCAGAAAGCCGAUGAGCAGGAGCCUGAUAUCACAUCAACUCCAAACUUUGUUGUGGAAGUAGUUAAAGAUGAUACAAAACAGACCCUUGUUCUCGACUGCCAUUAUCCCGAAGACGAGGUUGGGCAUGAGGGAGAGGAGGAAAGCGACAUCUUCACAAUCAGGGAGGUCAGUUUUCAGCCCACUGGAGAAGCAGAUUGGAAGGACACCAAUUACACCCUCAAUACAGAUUCCCUUGACUGGGCUCUGUACGAUCACCUAAUGGAUUUCCUGGCUGAUCGAGGAGUGGACAACACGUUUGCCGAUGAGUUAAUUGAGCUCAGCACUGCACUGGAGCACCAGGAGUACAUUAAAUUCCUGGAAGACCUUAAAAGCUUUGUCAAAUGUCAGUAAGUUAGGCUAGGAAACUAAUCUUCAGCUGUGGGCAUUACAUGGCAGUGCUCAGCCAGCUGUAAUACCCAAAUGUAUCUUCACGACAGCUGUGGGGAGUAAGUACCUUUGAGUUUGGAAGUGCGCAUCAUGGGAGAGUGAGGAGUCUCACUUGUAUUUUGGGUUUUGUAUUUAUGUUGCUGCCCAGAUCAAGUUCUCAAACAUUACUGUGUGGAAUUGCCUCACCCUGCCUGGUGGUUUUCAUACAAUUCAGAAGGAAUGUGAAGAAUAAAGUCUGUUCAACGAGUCACUGAAAA